CAGGGCGGGCGCUCGCCACGGGCUCCCGGGGAGCGGAGGACGCGUGGAGCUGACGAGGACCGCGGGCUGGCAGGCUGUUGGCUGGUCAUAUGGUUUCAGAGACCUUUGGAGGUAGCUGCCCAUGACCUACUACUGCUGACCUCUUCUUUGUGGCCACAUCAGCCAUAAGUGAGAAUGUGUAGUGCACCUAUGAUAAUGUGUUGUAGAAAUAGAUGUUAAACUUCGGUUUGAAUGAAAAAUGUCUCUCAGCCCACCUAUAUUUCUCAAAGAGAGGGAAGAAAAUAAUUCACGAUUUGUGGAAAUACAACAACCACAAACUACUUCCACAGCUGCAGAAGAUCCUCUUCAAAACUUAUGCUUAGCAUCUCAAGAAGUUCUUCAAAAAGCUCAGCAAAGUGGAAGAUCAAAAUGCCUUAAAUGUGGUGGUUCAAGAAUGUUCUACUGCUACACAUGUUAUGUCCCAGUUGAAAAUGUACCUACGGAGCAGAUGCCACUUGUGAAGCUUCCACUGAAGAUUGACAUCAUUAAACAUCCAAAUGAAACAGAUGGCAAAAGUACUGCUAUACACGCGAAACUGUUAGCACCUGAAUUUGUAAAUAUUUACACGUACCCUUGUAUUCCGGAAUAUGAAGAAGAGGACCAUGAAGUUGCGCUCAUUUUUCCUGGACCUAAGUCUGUCUCAAUAAAAGAUAUUUCGUUUCAUCUGCAAAAAAGGAUUCAAAAUAAUGUGAGAGGCAAAAAUGGUGACCCUGACAAGCCAUCUAGUAAACGCAAGAAAACUGAAGAACAAGAUUUGAAUGACAGCAAGUACAAAGAGACAACACUGAAAAAAAUUAUAUUUAUAGAUAGCACCUGGAACCAAACAAACAAAAUAUUCACUGAUGAGAGACUUCAAGGGUUGCUACAAGUUGAGUUGAAAACAAGAAAAACUUGCUUUUGGCGCCAUCAAAAAGGGAAGCCAGAUACCUUCCUUUCCACAAUUGAAGCCAUCUACUACUUUCUGGUAGACUACCAUACUGAUAUAUUAAAAGAGAAAUACAAAGGACAAUAUGACAAUCUUCUGUUUUUCUACUCUUUUAUGUACCAGUUGAUAAAGAAUGCCAAAUGCUCUGGAGACAAGGAAACAAGAAAAAUUACUCAUUAGUUUUUAAGAAGCCACUUUUGUGAUUUUAUUUUGCUAAAAUCAAUAAACUUGUAAUUGUGCUUUGUUUAUUCUUAGGGAA